GGGUGCUAGCCCAUAUGAGUCUAGCUUCGUUAUUUAUUAUGGAAACCCUAUCAGUGUCCAGGUCAGCCUAGCAGCAGAUUCUCAAAACACCAAAAGUGCACGAUGAAGCAUUUAUGAAACUCAACAUCAUUUUACGCCUACACACCCGGAUAUUUACAAUGGAUGAUUUAGGUUCAUUGUACUGAGUAAUCAAAAUCGAGUUGUAAAGACCUUUAUCGAAUCUUCUCAGAAUUCCAGUUUCAUUUUCUCCCCGUUUCUUGCAGCUUCAUCCUUACGUCUCUUGAGUCCACUGCUGCUUAGUUAUUAUUGAUCAUCAGCAUACAGCUUCCUCGCUGCGGCUGAAUUGUCUCCAGCCUGCCUCGCCACUCCUUCUUAACCAUCUGCCGGUCAGCAUAAUAACUUACAUCAAUACAUCUUCACAUCGAUAAUACAUCUUGAGGAUAAAUCAUCAACAUGUUCGCGCAACAGUGGCCGAGUAGAAAGCGCGAAAGGGAAGAUGAGGAUGAACUUGGUACAUCAGGCUUUAGUGCUCACAGAAAUGUAAGCACUGCAGUCACUUCAACUUCAACUCAUCAAUAGGGCUUCACGUUAAUCUAUGACCUGAAUAGAAACGACACAUAGCAAAUUUACCCCAUCGAACCUCACCACAUGCCAAACGUCAAAUUGCACCCACUUUUACACUAAAUCACUCCACUCCAGCACCGGCCGUUACCAAUCCAUUGGACUCGGACUCGGAUGGAACUCCCAUCAUUACCGGGCCGACCAGUACCUUCUAUUCGUGGUCGUCAUCAUCUUCAUCGAGAAAGAUCAUACAAGCCCAUGAUGAAGAGGAAAUGCACAAUGGAAACCAAACGUCCUUUUCGAGUCAGGUUUCGGAAGGGCCAAGUUAUUCGGAUGAUUUCGAUAUGGUUGAUAGUGACAUACACUCAACUCCUGGACCAUUCCGGUCAGAUCAUUCUAUCACUCUAGUUAACCGAAUUCCCACCCCGAUCCAUAGUUCCUUCUCGGCAUAUCAACGAUCUGAUGAACCCCUUCACUCCUCUCUCUCCGAACCCAAUCUUACUGACGAAGCAUUCAUCGACCGCUUCCGCCGCGGUCGACGCCUGCCGAGUCCCAUCAGCGAGGGAGAAAUGAGCCCAAUGAGUCCUAGUGUCAUUGUCGAUAGAAUCAAUGAUAUGCAAAUGGAGGUCGAGCCCUCCUUUUCCUCUCCUGAAUUCGAGAAAGAAAUUACGACUCCGCACAAGAAAGGCCACACUCGCUCUAAACAUAGCUUGCGGAACUGGAAUGGAUCCACUGGGGAUCUCAUAGGGAAUUUAAAUGGAGUCGGGAUGAAGAAGAGCUUUAGUAUGGGGUAUAGGGCGGACUGUGAGAAGUGUCGGAAUAAGGUUCCGGGGCACUUUAGUCACAUAAUUACGUAUUGAGCCAUUGAUUGCUAGAUUAUGCUAAUGCAGGAACGAAGUCAAUCUGGGAAAUGGAUUAAUGAAUGAUCAAGGAAUGACUAAGAAAUGGGCAACGGAAUGGGAUGAAUGGCUGCAGGCACUCGGUCAAAGUGGCCGAGGUGAUUCUAAUAUAAGUAGCUAUUCAGCGUGGCGUUUAGGGGUCUCGGUAAAAGCAAACUACAAAUAAGAGUGAACAUUGCUAGUAAUAAUGAAUAUAUUUAUGAACCUAUGCUCAUCCCUCAACGUAUUCUAUGAAUUAUUCGUUUUCAUGAAUUCAAACAAAACCGACCAUUCCAUCUCUUCAUGUUCCAGCCUGCAUCCUAGUCGAACUAAAUGUGCAGACACUCUCUCAAAGUCAUUCAAUGGUUUGAA